AUGAAGGAUUCGGGAAGUUUCACAAGUCCAGUAUCCAUUGAAGGUCAUAAGAUUGAUCAAGUACUAUGCGACUUCGGAGCAAGCGUUAAUCGAAUGCCUUUGUCAGUGAUUAAAAGGUUGGGCAUGGGAGAAGUGAGGCCAACAAUAGUCACCCUACAACUAGCCGAUCGAUCCAUUGCAAAUCCUGAAGAAAAAAUCGAGGAUGUAUUGGCAUUCUUAUCUACAAGACGACCCUUGGUGGAUGUGCAUCAAGGAGAAGUCACUAUGAGGGUGCAGGAUCAAGAGAUUAAAUUUUCGAUAUAUGACUCCAUGAAAUAUCCCUCGGAUGCUGAGGAGUGUGCUUUCUUACGAGUGCUAGAUGAAGCUGUGAUGGCAAUGCUAAGUGUAGAGGUUAUGCUGGAGCACCAGAACAACGAGUUGAACAGCAUGAUGGAACAAGCAGAUGAAAUUUGCCAAGAAAUUCUCUAA